AAAUAUCCAACCAAACCUCAUUUUAUUUUCAUGCAGUGCAUCAUAAACUUCCUUUUAAACACAUCCCAUUCGCAUUUCUUCAAGCUACAUUCUUAUAAUGGAAAAAAUUGUGGCUCAGUCUCCUCUUGAGAGGUCUAGCUUGGUUAAGCGUUGCGCUCAUGAAGGUGUAAUUGCGGGAGCCAAAGCAGCUGUUGUUGCUAGCAUUGCCACCGCCAUUCCAACCCUGGCUAGUGUGAGGAAGCUGCCAUGGGCAAGAGCCAAUCUCAACCAUACAGCUCAAGCUCUCAUAAUCUCCACAGUGGCGGGCGCCGCAUACUUCAUAGUUGCUGACAAGACUGUUCUGGCGACGGCAAGGAAGAAUUCUUUCAAGCAAUCUGACAUGAAAGCGUUCUAGAUAUCUUUCAAGAUAAAUAUUAUUGUCCUUAUAAUCUUUUGAGAAGCAUAUGUAAUCUCAUUUAUCUUUAUAUAAAUAAAAUUAUAAUUAUUUUAUUAAUA